AUGACUUCCAGCAGUAACAAUAAGCGAGUUGAUGGUGUAAAUAGCGAGAUUAAUCAAAAGCAUUGCAAGGAGCCUGGAAGCUCUGCCGCGGCGGUCAAACGUGGCGGGAACUCCUCUUGGCACGAGGCAAAGGAAUCAUCAUACACACCACAGGCUUUGCGACACAGAAUGCUGGAGUCUCUACUUUCAAGUACUUCUCAUACCUCAAUCUUGUCAUUGCCACCCUUCUCCAAAUGA